UUCAACCUUUUUUUCUAUCUUCAGUUGUUUCAUUAAUGUUUGUCAUGCUGCUGUGGCUGUUUCAGCUCCUUCACUGAGCCACAUUUUUCUGUUUAGCUGUUUAAUUGCCGUGUAUUUCUCCGAUGUUGUGUUACUUCUUUAUAAAGUCAAGAAUCUUCUUUUGCCGCUGCUUAAAUGCAGGUGAUUUCUAUAUCUAUGUCAUGUUGUAUACAGUAUACUUGGAGUCAGGCUGAAUGAGAACCUGAGGAGUUCAGUGGGUUCAACAGCUGCCGUCAAAAUAAGUUCCCUGAAUCCUCACUGAGCUUUACAAUAUUUAUGCUGUGUCAGGAUGCAUUUAGUCCUGGCAGCACUGCAAAAAAGCACUCAGGAAGAUUUUGUGUUAACACUGUGGUACAAAUACAUACUUCUCAUUAUUACUCUUUACUUGUAAUUCUUCUGUCCAACAAGGUUUGACUUAUUAUUAUUUUUACUAUCACUUACUUUUUAUUUUCUACUCAAGAUGGAAAUAUAUUCAUUUGUUUUACAUAAAACAUGACUGCUGUAUAAUCAACAGAGGACAUAUUAAACAUGGUGUUGUAAAUGACAAUCGUUUUUCAUCCUGAGGAUGAUCUGAGACAAAUAUCUCUAGUAUUAAAAUGAUUUCACUAUUAGGUUCAAAUUGACAUCAUCUCACAGCAUGAAAGUAAAAAAUAGAAGCAGAGCGGUGGAUAAAAAUGGAGCGUGUAUCUUUGUCAUCGGUGUGCUGCACAGCAUCCUCUAUUAUCUAACAACCUGUCUGUUACAUAAAAGCAGAGAAGAAGAACUGCAGAGAGAAGAGGAGGAGUAGGAGGAGGAGGUCGUCUAUAUUAAGGUUAGACUGAUAUCAGGGUCGAUACUGGCCAUUCAUUCAUACUCUGACAGGAUGAUGUGAUAUGAUGCUACUGGUUAAUAUUGCACUGGCUGUCUGCAUGUAUCAGCAAUUUUUGACAGGGACAUUUUGCAUUUUUGACGGGACAUCUUGCAUUUUUGACAGGGACAUUUUGCAUUUUUUGACAGGGACAUUUCAGCAUUUUUGACUGGAACAUUUCAGCAUUUUUGACUGGGACAUCUUGCAUUUUUGACAGGGACAUUUUGCAUUUUUGUCAGGGAUAUUUCAGCAUUUUUGACGGGGAGAUCUUGCAUUUUUGACAGGGACAUUUUGCAUUUUUUGACAGGGACAUUUCAGCAUUUUUGACUGGGACAUUUCAGCAUUUUUGACUGGGACAUCUUGCAUUUUUGACAGGGACAUUUUGCAUUUUUGUCAAGGAUAUUUCAGCAUUUUUGACGGGGAGAUCUUGCAUUUUUGACAGGGACAUUUUGCAUUUUUUGACAGGGACAUUUCAGCAUUUUUGACUGGGACAUUUCAGCAUUUUUGACAGGGACAUUUUGCAUUUUUGUCAGGGAUAUUUCAGCAUUUUUGACGGGGACAUUUCAGCAUUUUUGACAGGGACAUUUUGCAUUUUUGACAGGGACAUUUCAGCGUUUUUGAAAGACAUUUCAGCAUUCUGACAAGGACAUUUCACCAUUUUUGACAGGGACAUUUUGCAUUUUUGAGGGGGCUGUUUCAGCAUUAUGACAGGGACAUUUCAGCAUUUUUGACAGAGACAUUUUGCAUUUUUGACAGUGACAUUUUGCACUAAAUUUAAUUUGAAUGGUGUUGUUGCAAUCAGAGGAUUCACUGUCAGAGUUUAUUUCUGCCACAAAACACAUUCAUUUAUAUCCACUAGUAUCUGUCUGAUACUGGCCAUUAAAAACCAGUAUCAGUCGAGGCCGCCUUUAUGAUGCUGCUGUGACACAAUGUGUGCGUGUGUGUGUGGUGGGUGGGACCACAGAUCCCAGUUUAUCUCUCUCUCCUUCCAGAUCCAUCUCUCCACCUUCCUCUCCUCUCUGCAGCAUCCCUCCUCCUGCUCAACCAAUUGCCUGCUGGGGUGUGUGAUCACGUGACUAACAGCCACCAAUAGCGCUCCACCAGGCACCGGCAAAAAGAGGGGCGGUGUCUCUCCUCCUCCUCUCUGUGAGUCAGACUUGUGUCUGGAGGAGAGUCGAUGGAUGUGAAGGAUCCGUCUAACGAGCUGAGACACGUUUCUUCUUCUUCACCCGCAGAUCAGAGUCUGCUGCUCCAUCUUUAACCCCCUCUUCCUCCAUCCCUCUCCUGGGGAACACAAGGGGGAUGAAUGGGGAGGCGAUGGAGGGGAACCCGGCGCAGGAGCAGCAGCAUGCCGGUAACGGCUCCCACCUCCCUCCCCCUCCCACCAUCAUGCCGGCCAUCCCUCCCUACGUGAAGCUGGGUCUGACCAUCGCCUACACCAUCUUCUACUCGCUGCUCUUUGCCUUCGUCUACGCCCAGCUCUGGCUGGUGUUGCGAUACCGACACAAGCGCUUCAGCUACCAGACGGCCUUCCUGUUCCUGUGUCUGCUGUGGGCCGCCCUGCGUGCCCUCCUCUUCUCCUUCUACUUCAGAGACUGUGUGACCGCCAACGCACUCGGACCAUUCGCCUUCUGGCUGCUCUACUGCUUCCCCGUCUGCCUACAGUUCUUCACGCUCAGCCUCAUGAACCUCUACUGCGCACAGGUUUACUUUAAGGCGAAGUCCAAGUUCACACCUGCACUGCUGAAGUACAGACUUCCUCUGUAUCUGGUCUUCUUGGGCGUCAGUCUUCUCUUCCUGGUGGUUAAUCUGGUCUGUGCCCUGCUGGUUAAAAUGACCGCCGCUGACGUCAAGACCAUCGUCCUGGUGAGGGUCACCAUCAACGACAGCCUGUUCGUCCUCUGCGCCGUCUCGCUGUCCGUCUGCCUCUACAAGGUCGCCAAGAUGUCGCUGGCCAACAUCUACCUGGAGUCAAAGGGGACGUCGGUGUGUCAGGUGACUCUGAUUGGCAUCAUGGUGGUGUUGCUGUACGCAUCGCGGGCCUGCUACAACCUGGUGGUGCUCGCCCUCACCAACAUCGAGACCAUCAACUCCUUUGACUAUGACUGGUACAACGUCUCAGACCAGGCGGACCUGAGGUCGUCGCUAGGAGACGCCGGUUACAUCGUGUUCGGGGUGAUUCUGUUCGUCUGGGAGCUGCUGCCCACCUCGCUGGUCGUCUUCUUCUUCAGGGUCCGCCGGCCGCCUCAGGAACGGAGCACUGCUGGGAUACCAAACCACGUUCUCUCCUCCAGAGGAUAUUUCUUUGACAACCCUCGUCGCUACGACAGUGACGAUGACCUGGCGUGGAGCAUUCCUCCCCAGAAUGCAUCAGCGAGUCUUUCCUCCGACUGCUAUGACUGGGGCAGCCGCCACAGCAGCUUCACUGUGCACACCAACGGCGACGAACAGCGCCUGACCGCCGCCGCCGCCGGAGAGCUCCACCCUUACCCAUAAUCCUUCUCUUAACUGUACAGCAUCACUCUG